AUGCUCACACCCUUGGGCAUACUAUAUUUGAAGGGUUUCCCGUUUUCGGUACCAUACCCUCGAGGCUUCGGAGCCGGUGGAUCGUCAUCCAUCAACUCAAUGAUCUAUAUUCGUGGCAACAGGAGAGAUUUCGACCAGUGGGAAGAGAUGGGUAACCCAGGUUGGGGCUACGAUGAUCUGCUCCCAUUCUUCAAGAAGUCUGAAGACUACAGAGGAGGAGUAAGCCAGGAAGCAGAGGGGUACCAUGGGUAUGGUGGGCCACAGACCAUAGAGAACAAGAGAUGGAAUUCGUCAAUAGCUGAAACCUUCCUGAAGGCUGGACGGGAGCUGGGUUAUGCUGAGUCUGACCCCAAUGGACCAGAACAGAUUGGUUUCUCUAUAAUAGACGUUACAGCCAAGAAUGGAAGGAGAUGGUCAACAGCUGAUGCCUUUCUCAAACCUGCGGCACUCAACUCUCCCAACCUUCACGUCGUUCUUAAUGCCCAUGUAACCAAGGUAUACUUUAUACGUACCCUUCAUAGGUACAUUUUUCUAAACGUCUUAACCACCUCAACAACCCCUCCUCAACAUCACCUCAAUAACCCCUCCUCAGCCCUCUGGAUAAUACUUUUAGUAACCCCCAUCUCCCUAAUCUGUUCUAGGAUGAUGUAUUCGUCUUCAUGUCCGAAGAUUGUGGAUACACAUCUGAAAAGACUUGAUAUAGUACUUGGCAAGCUGAAGAAGCCAAUUAAAGAAUCAAACUGUCAAAAUGUCAAUUUUUCACAUCAGAAAUUAUCUUUCUGGGUCACGUACUGUACCAGUGUGCCUGACCAACAGAUACCUGUCGUGGCUGACGUUGCUGGAGUUGGUCAGAACCUGCAGGACCAUCCCUCCGUGUUUGGUCUGGUCUGGACCGUGGCCAAGGAGACCUCGUCCAACAACUACUUGUCUUACUUCAAUCCGAAGACCGUCUACGACUUUGUCCAUAACGCUGAAGGUCCACUGACGUCUCCCACUGGCACUGAGGGUGUAGCCUACGUACCAUCACCAGUGGGUGACCCACUGUGGCCAGAGGUCCAGUUGGCACUGGUCACUGCCACUCCAGCACAAGAUAGUGGAAGAUUCUACCCUAAAAUCUUCGGCUAUAAAGACGAGGUGUACAAAGAUUACUACGGUGACAUUGUGGGAGUGCCAGGCUUCACUCUGACGCCAGUGUUGAACAGACCACUGAGUCGUGGCACUCUGACCCUGGCAUCAUCUAACCCCCGUGACCAUCCACUUAUCAAUCUGAACUUCCUCAACCACCCAGCUGAUGUCGAAGCCUUGAUCAGAGGUAUUAAACUGGCACUGAAGGUGGGAAAUACUGUAGCCUACCGUGAAGGCCUCUCUGCCAGGUUCCAUGACAAGGUUCUGAGUGGAUGUAAGCACGAGGAAGCGUACUCAGAUGCGUACUGGGCUUGUUACACACGCUACUUGGCCACUACAGCGUACCAUACUUGUGGUACAUGUAAGAUGGGACCAUCUUCUGACCUUCUGGCUGUUGUAGACCACAGGCUCAGGCUACGUGGAGUGUCAGGAGUGAGGGUGGUUGAUGCUUCCAUCAUGCCUCGCAUCAUUAGUGGUAACACCAAUGCUCCCACUCUCAUGAUAGCUGAGAAAGGUGCCCACAUCCUGAGGGAAGACUGGCUCUUCUCAGCUCAGAAGCAAUUCUAGGACCCCAGUGGAGAUAAGUCAAGGACCCCAAUGGAAUAAGUCAAGGGCCCCAAUGGAAUAAGUCAAGGGCCCAAUGGAAUAAGUCAUGGGCCCCAAUGGAAUAAGUCAAGGGCCCAAUGGAAUAAGUCAAGGGCCCCAAUGGAAUAAGUCAAGGACCCUAAUGGAAUAAGUCAAUGACCCCAAUGGAACCAAUUCAAGGACCACAAUGGAAUUAAAUCACUUUGACGUUUUUGGUAAUGAUAGGUAAUCUAUACAUAUAUUACUAUGCAUUUUUACUCUAUUUCUGCAACAAUGCAAGUUCUCGAUGUGUUGAUUGCAACAAGAAGGUGCUGGAGCUAUCAUUUAACUCCCCCUGUGGUUAUUUUGUAUCAUUUAUCCCUUGCUCGCGAUCACUGUUACUAUAAUAAUUAUACUUAUGUAUACCUGUACCUAAAUGAACAUACUAGAUGUAUUGUAUCCCAGGAUUCUACAACCCCAGCCUUGUAAAUGUACUCUAGUGGAAUAGUGCAGAGUGCGGCAUAGGUUUAAAAUGCCGUUAGAUAUUAGUAUUGAUGAUUUGUAUGAGAUUCCUUCAAUAAAAUGACAAAUUUAGGCUAAACACAGCCACAUUUUAAUU